GAGAAAUAUGGCGGACAAAGUAGAAAACAUCGAAGAGUGUAUUUCGACAGCAAGUAAUUUAAGAUCGACCGUCAACAGAGUGUUUCAGGAUCUUGCCUCUGAUUCUAAUGUAGCGAGUCAAUCGACUAGUGACGCGACUGAUCUUUCAGCUGCGGGCAAAGGAGCGAAAAUCACUCAAACAUUGAAGAAAAAUCUUGUUAGAGUGCACAAAGUUUUGAGGUAGGUAGUAGACACAUUGAAAGUUUGGCUCACAGAACGCUCAUAGAUUAAAAUUCUGGUCAAUUUUUUGGUACGGUUUUUCCUUACACCUAUUGUCGUUCAGCAAUGUCUUAUUAUUUUACACAAUUUUGGUAUAUGCUGGUGCAGCAUAUUAUUUUAUGAUAUACCAAGUAAAUAGCAAGUCUCAAGUGACGUCACAAAGAUCACAACAAUGAUCCUUAGCCCUUACACAAUAACCUAAUAAAAUUCACACAAUAGAAUGACACAGUAGUGCAUAUUUUGACUUGCUAUAUCGAGCAUCAUCCUAAGGGACGGACCAGUAAAAAAGUUAUGGGGGGGAGGGGAAGUUUCAAGCCGCAGGAAUUUUUUUCGAUAUCAAAUUCCUUGUAUGAAUCUUUUUUAGGCCGUAGCAUGAAUAUUUUUUAGGAUUAAUUAGCUUGCAAGAAUUUUUUUUUCAUUUAAUUUUCCCUUGCGCGAAUUUUUUUUUUGUACUUCGCCCACCCCCCCACCCCCCAUAAGUUUUCUAGUGGUCUGUUCAUAAUUUAUAUUGACCUUACAAUACGAGCCCUGCAUUAUAUAGUUGCUCCAUAGACCUAUUCGGCCAAGGGGGUGUUAACAUGAGAAAACUUGCACCAGUGCGAGUUUCAUACUGGGAUGACUUUUUUAUUUCGUACAGUAUGUUGCCCAGUAUCCGGAUGGUACCAGUAUCCGGACACUUGAAACAAAAGCUCAAUUUUUGAGGCGCCCUUUUCAGUUCUCAGUAAACAAAGUAUUUCAAAUGAAAGCUGAACAUUUCAGCUUUAAGAUGAAAGUUUUGGCGAUUUGAAAGCUUGCGAAACAGUCGCAGAAGACGCCCUUCUGUUCAGGUGAAUAAAGUUUUCAUGGCUAAUAUUUACGUUGUUUACUGCCCAGUAAAGUUAGUGCUGGUCAGAAAAGGCAGGGUAGUGUGUGAUGUUUUCAAAGAAACUGUUUUAUUUUUAACGUGAAGAUACUUAAGGAAGUCAGGUUUUCAGAAAGUUUAUUAAUUCUUCUUGAAAUUCGAUUUGUUUGGAAUAACGGAAGCCAGAAACAUUCACUAAGUUUUGAUGUCAUGUGCCCAGUAUCUGGACAGGUUUUUUUUUGCUGUACAGAAUCAAUGAAUUAGCUGUGUACAUUCUCCGGAUAAGAUUUAUUUCAUAUCAGUGACUAUAAUCAAAGCUUAGGAUAUAUGAUAAAGUCGUAAAAUGUAACUCUACUCAACUCCGUAUGGAAAUUUUCUUGACUCAUUCAGAGGCGACUUGAUUUCCUGUGCACCGCUUGUUUCGCGUGACUGCAUUUUCUAUAUAUAACUGAAAGCGUCCGAGUUGAACCUGGAAUUCUCAUACUUUCCCCAGUUGGGACUGCUAGAAUGGGGUUGCAAUGGUCUAAAAAAUGUCACAAAGGGAUGUCACAAAGGGAUUGAGAGAUGUGAAAGAAGGAGGAAUUAGUGCUAGAAAAGCAGGCUUAUUGUGGGGACUGAGCAUGAAGAAAUCAACACUGCAGGUCAGACUAAAUAGGAGAGUGACCUUUGACCGUCCAGUUGAGGUCCCUUCCCCAAGCUUUUCUUUAAAUAAAAAAUGAAGAAAGAAAGUCGUUUGCAGAUUGGCUAAUUGAGCUUGCAAACAAAGAAGUGAGAAAUUAUACCAUUUUUAAAACAGCCGCUCGUGUUCCCCACCAUACCCCAGUCAUUUGUUAUGUUCUAUUUCACGAUGCUAAGUUAUAUUUUCGGAAUCGAUUGCCAGACUACUUUGCAAGUGCAAGAGAAGCUUAUAAGUUGCUUGCCUGUCGAAAUUUAUGUACAAUUACGUUGUUAUUGUUGUGUCCAGAUACUGGGCCAGCUGUCCGGAUACUGGGCAACAUAGGAGCUCUGCAAAAAUAUUAAUUUAGUGAUGGAAACAAACUGAAGUGUCCGGAUACUGGGCAACAUACUGUAUCGUGUUUACAUGAUGACUGGGUCAUUUCAUAUCUUGUUAUUUGAAGGUACACUUCAUGUUGAUAAAAUACACGCAUGCGCUACCCGUUACAGUCUACCGGCAGACCGAUUUCACACCGAAACGUGUAGUCGUUUCGCAUUUACAUGAUACCAUUGCGAGAUUUCGUACUGGAGUGAAAUUCUUGCACCGGUACAACAACUGGGGUGAACUCACACCGGGGUGACUCGCGCCGGCAUGACUUUUGUGGUGGUAUCAUGUAAACAAAUGUAGAGCCAUGAGAGGGAACCGGUGUGAACUCACUCUGGUACGAAAGUUGCCCCGGUGUCAUGUAAACAGCCCCUCACUCAACGUUAUACCCAAUUCAAAAUCUUUGGGAAUAAAACGUUUUGUUUCAGGAAUUUCCUUAUCAUUUAAAUGUGAAUGCCUCAUUGUAAUGCAAAUAUGAGACACAAAGAAUCUUAACCCUGGGAGAUUUGAAUUGGGUAUAACAUGGAGUUUAAUAGCCAAAUAGGUCUAUUGACAUAGCUGUAGAUUACAAGGUCAAUGUUCUAGGUAUAUUGGGUGGGGCAGCUCAGCAGCAUGGCAGUCCUGAAUUAUUUUGAUAAAUAGUAAAACCAGUUACUACUGAAUAGAUUCGAAACAUUUUUGCAUAAUAGAUGUUUGGUGCUGAGUACAAAUCUUACAUGAACCAUGUUCAUUUGUGGGGGUGUGGUGGCCAAGCAGAUAUGAAAGUCUGGGUCCAAGCCUUGCUGUCAUAGUGUUUCCUUAAGCUAAGUAACUUUGCUCCACAUUUUCUCUCUUCAGUAUAAAUGUGUACCUGCAACAUACUGUUGGGGGUAACCCUGUGAUCGACUGGCAUCCCAUCCGUGUGGUAGUACAAAGUAGAAAUACUCCUAGACGCCUCAAGCUAUAAAAAACUAGCAUAAGCUCCCCCUUUUUUCCCUCACAUGCAGACUUAUCCAUUCUUCUUUUUCUUUACACUGGAUCCUUCCUAUUUUUGUCUGUUUUGUAGUUUUGCAUCAGUCAAAUUCAACUGGUCUGUUACUGAUUUGUUACAGUUUCUCUUUCCAAACAGUGAGUUGGACAAAGCAAGUGAUGCACUGGCUUCCUCAGAAAACCGCUCCCAAUCUCUGGGGAAUACCGGCUUAUUGAGCCUGGACCCUGUGGAAGACAGAACUGCCCUCUAUGACAAGCUUCUAGAAACCUACGACUGGCAUGAAAAGGUACCUUAUGAUUUAUAACUAAGAUUAAGGUGAUUAACACAUUUUUAUCAAAAAUGUACCUGAUAACUUAAGGAAUUACUGUAAGUUCUUAACACAUGUUAUGUCAUGCUUAAAAAAUGUUUGCAGAUUAAGGUUUUGUUCUUUUACAUAAAGGUUAUUUUUCAACCAAGCACAACUUCAGUAAUUUUCAGAAACCAAACUGGAGAGUAGAUAGAAAGAUAAGGAUAUGGGGAGAAUUGUUGUACUGUUGUUGAGCCUUGGCCAAUCACUGAGGAACCAGUGAAUUCCAUGAUGAUGUUGUUUGAUGACAACUACAUGUACCAGGAUUAAUUUUGUUUUUGCCCUCUUAUUCAAAUUAGUAAUUAAUCCUAGCAAAGUCCACUUACAUGUACUUUUAUCAGUAAAGUAGUAAAAAGGGCUCUAACAUACUCAAGGAAACAAACAUUGGGGGAUUAUCAAGUAGUUUUUGUCAAAAAAACUCAUUGUGAAAAGGCCUUGUUUUAACAAAACCAUGCUCUAGGUCAUUUUCAAUUUGCCCAACAAACAUCAUUUAUUGUGAACAGUUUCAUGAAAGUAUAUAGAGAAGACUGGAAAAGCAUUUAUCUUCUUAAAACAACCCACCAAAGAAGAGAUCUGGAGGUUCAAGGAUUCUUUAAUUCGUUGCCCUAUAUGUUUAGUAAAUUAUAUAUUCUGAUAUUAAGCAAGCAGCAAAUUUAACCUCUAUUUAAGGUUGGUUUUGACCAAAGUUCAGAUUCCACUUUCAAAAUGAUGGCUUUCUUUUUCCAACUGCAGAAGUUGUGUCUUAAACCCCAAGAGUGCAUGGAUCUUCUUUGCAUUUAUUUCUUCAUCCCUCAGUUCCAAUAUGUGAAAUUCGUAUGUUCAUUGUUUCAUAUAUAAUGUUUUCAUCAGUUGACUUCAGGGGCACAGCAGGCUUUAUCAUGCCUAAAACGACAUCAUCCUUCAGCAGUUCAAAGCUCAGAUGGAGCCUCAGCAGCAAAGAAAGCCAAGGUCACUUUAAAAAGGUAAGGAAUGUGCUGAAAUACAUGUUUUUCACUAGAAUGUCAUAAAUAAUUGCCACAUACCAAGGCUUGAAAUGCAUUUAGCUAAAGGUUAUGCAAAAUUUUAAUGUUCAACAGCACCACCAUUAUUGUGAUGCAUGAAAAUAAUGAUGCGUUUUUUUAUUCAUUCACCUUUCAUUAGCGAAACAUUAAAUGCCUUAAAAGAAUUCAAGACCUUGUAUCCUCAGUUAGAGUUUUCAUGUUCUACAACCAAUAGCUGGGGAGUUUAUGUUUUUGAGGUUAGUGUGAUUUUUGUAUUUAUUAAAAGUUGAGAUUAAGCGCAGUUAGUUUGCAUAUUGAAUUGCAAAAAUAUCAGUAAUACUAUGAGGAAGAUUAUUGCUUACUUUAAGGAUUUGCUCUAUAUUAACUUUGAUGGUUCCCUUAAAUUUUUUUUAUGAGGUAGUUAUUCAGUAAUUAAGUCCCAUCUUUGGGAAACAUUUCUAGUUCUUUGCACACACAGCGUACCAGUGAAAGUAUGAUUCUAAACACAUUGUUGUAAUAAUAAGAACUUAUUCAUUCUUGAUGGAGAGUUCUUUGCCAAUGCCAGUUUACCAAUUUACGUGUACGUUUACAGUGUGUAUAGGUGUUGUUACCGAAAAGUUUUCUUACUGUGGAAUUUUCGCUGGCAAUACCAUAUUCCAAACCCUGAAACCUACAAGAAAUCACUAUCAAAACCAUAAUCAACAUCAUAAACAAUUCCAUAACCGUUAUUGUAAUAAGGAUCUCAACGCAUUUAACUGUUUUCAUAAUUAUUCAUAAUCUUAAUCGUGGUAACUGUAUAAUCAUAAUCGUAAUCAUAAUGGUAAUGCUAAUCAUCAUAGUCAUCAUCAUCAUCAUGCUUGUAAUCAUCAUCAGAAACAUACUUAUUAUAUCCAUUUUGAAAUCACUAGUGAUCCCUGCAGUCUGAUUGGUUCUCAACAGUGUGAUUUAUUCACAAAUCACACUAAUUUUUGCUCUAAAACACAUCUGUUCUAAAUCGCAUCAUUGAUCUGUUUUAAAAUCGCACCAUUUUUUUUACUCAAUAUGGUAUCAUUUCUGUUUCGAAUACAAAAUGUGAUGUAAAAGCGUUUUUGCCCGCUUUUCAACAAACCGGGAACUUGAUCAAUAAAAUAAAAAAUACUGAAUGAAUUUUGCGAUUGCAAUAUGGCUGUAAUAAAGUGGUAAUUAUAAGUGGUCAGUGGAGUAAGUUUCUGACCCUUUUAAGUAAAGGUCUUAGCUUUCAGGAAUUGACAAGUGGAAAACGGAACUAAAGUGACCCUUGAACUCAGUUCUGUGAAUUUCUACGUCAGGUGGUCGUUCCAAAGACGUUCAAGGCGAUAAUCUCCAUGCCGCCGAGAAUGACAGAGAUCGACCGGCUUGUCAUCCGGGGACUACAGGAGAACCCUUUACUGGAAAAGGAGGUUUGUGUUUUUAUAUUAAUUUACCAAAUUGGCGGCUUCAAAACUAACUUAUCUUUUUCCUACUUUGUCCUUCUAGUACAAAGACGCGAUUAAAAUUGUUGUCCGUAUUGCUGCUGGUGGUUUGCACGCGACGUCAUGACAGACAUGUUGGCGGUCAAGAACUAAAACAUUUCUAUCCUUUGGGAACCAAAGUCCAUUUUCAUGCAAAUUCUUUGAAAUAAUUUUUAUUUUAUUGACCACCAACAUGGCCGCCAUGGUUGCAAACCGAGACUAAACUGGAAAAAGCGCCGCACGUACAUGUAAGAGCAAAAUAUUUAUAAGUACGGUAGAUCCCCGAAGGCAGAAUCUUCCCGCAAUUAUGCCGGGAGAUGCUAACUUGGAUGGUGUUGUCAUUGCUGUUUGUGUUAUAACUGUGGAUCAUUUUUACUCGCGUAGUCAGCAGCUAUGCACAUUUCGGAUCAUUAUACGUUUAUGAGAAACUGCCCACCUACCCUUCCCCUAAGCUAACAUUUUGCCCUAAGUGGGAAGUAAGUGUUAAUGUUGGCUCAGGGGCGGGGUUGGUGGGCAGUUUCCCAGAAACGUAUAAUGAUCAGACUUGGAGCAAAAGAAAGUUUUUGAUGAGAAAAGAGUUCAAUCCACUCAAGUUUUCUUUAAUACACCAACAUGGCCGCCGUUUCAUUGUUUUGCACACGAAUGUGGCCACCGUGACGUCAUAUAAAAACGAUCAAUCUAUUUGGAUCUGGCGGGGAACAGAAGCUUUAAUAGGACAACUGCACGAUGACGUCAUUUUACUACAACCACCAGAAUCCUCGAGUUUGUUGUUUUCUUGUGCAAAUUAAGGUUAUUGCUCUUUAAUCCUCAGCAGGAUUGACAAAUUUUUAUAACAAAGCAAAACCGAAAUGAAUUCUGGUAGUUGUAGUGAAAUAUCGUCAUCGUGUCAUUGUCCUAUUCUAUCAUAUUCUUACUAUGUUAGUGUUAUCGUCUUCGAACAAAACAAAGAAGAAGUAGUACUGUGUUGUUUUCAAAUGAGAGGUUGUAAAUAGUCACGAUGCUGCAGUAAGAAAAUUUAAAAAGCGCCUCGGCACUUUUUCGAGUAAAUAAUUUUUAUAAUACUGUUUAUUAAUUCUUAGUUUUAUUUUUUUGAUGGGUGUAUGCUCACGAAGAUGUUCUUUUUAGCGUCGUAAACAAGCCAUAAGCGGAGGAAUUACUUUGGCCAAUCGAAUGCGAUUUAGCAUAAUUAUCCGAUUAACCAAACAAAACGCGAACCCAGUGUGUUCUUUCGUGUCGUUAAUGGUUUAGUUUUACCUUUUUAUGUUUUGAUUUAUUAUUGCAGGAACUUUGGUCUCAGUCACGCUAUGCUGUUUUUAGAAAGGUAUUUAGCAAACUCUAAAGAUUUCAAGAGCGGAUCCAGGAAUUUUGACAAAGAGUCCAAACUUAUUUCAAGUUUGAAAAUGUUUGGCCUUGUUAACAAACUCUACUUUCCCCGGCCGUUUACAUGUUUCCUAGAAAACUGCAUUUGACGCAAAAACAAGCUUGAAAGUAAGACAUUAUACAGCUCCAAAUGAAUGAGUAAUAAUAAAUAAUAAUAGUCUUUAUUCAGUCAAAGGAUAAAAAUACAUAUCCUAAGUUACAGUGAAAAUGUAUUAAAAGAUACACGAUAAAAUACAAUAGUAAUAGAAGAUAGAAUAAUACUAUACUAACUUAUAUUUAAAAAUAAGUAUAUUUACAAAAGUUUUCUUGUAUCUCUCCGUUUUUAUCUGAGGCAGGUGACACCUUCUCCUACGCAAAUUAUACAGCUAUUUCGAGAAAGGUUGUCGGAAAAAUGUGCACGCGACAAUCCCGAAAGGUAAUAUGGGAUAUGAUCCAUACACUGUUUCUGACGACUGUACCUGUCGAACCUACUUUUGUUGCUUUCCUUUAGCACUCGCAAACACAUUUCCACGGCCUUUCGUACCAAUUCUUUCAAAUUUCUUCAAAGAACAGUGAACUUAAAACCACCCACAAUGCCUAUCGGGAUUGUCGCGUACACUUUUUCCGACAACCUUUCUCGAAAUAGCUGUAUACUAGGUGCGAUCAUUCCCAAAGAAAAAGAAUUAGCAUAUGAUUAUUAAUAGCUCUUUUGAAAGCGGAUUUAUCUUGUUGUUCUAAAAGAUUAAAGAUGCUGACUGUUUGAGAGGUAAAGUGACGCUUAUGGCACCUGUCUAAAACAAGCUGUAUAACAUUUAAAUCAGAAUAAGAAGCCCCAUACACAGCGAGACCAUAUGUGAGAAUGGGAAGAACUAGGGUUUUAAACAAGUGAUCUAUUUCCUUCUGGCUAAAGAGUUCCUUUCGUAGAGUCGUCGUCAGCAUAUUUGAAAAGCACGGGCGUGUCAUUCAUAAAAACCUCCAGGUCAUUGAGGAAAACAUUAAAUAAAUGUGGACCCCCCACACUUCCUUGUGUGGUCCCCUUUUUGACACAUACCCAGUCACAAGAAUACUCAAAAAACUAUGAUACCAAUUAAUUAUAAAGGGGUUCAAGGGUAACUGUUUCAACUUUGCAGAUAGAAGGUUAUGCUUAACAGAAUCAAAGGCCUUGCUGAAAUUCAUAGUAAAAAGUUUUUGUUUGUUGUCUCCUUUUUAAAACUUUCAACUCCAAGGUAACGGAUUACGCGACUUCAGCGUUAUUGCAUUAUUACUCUGCGACUGAUCCUGCCGCACAACUGCGAGGAGUCUGGGUGAGUAAGUUAAUUAAUGUUCAUGCAUGAACCACCUGCAGACCAGCUAAAUCCCGGUUUCCAUAUGGUCGCUUUGAUCACUGAAAAAAAGGUUCAGCGACCGUAGCGAUAAUUUGGAAAGCACUCUCCAGCGAUCGAGGCGAGGGAAGUGACAGCAAAAAUACCAGGAUGCAAUGCGUACGCUCCCCCAUUUCAAGAUGGCACCCACUACGAGUACCGAGAAAUCAUUGGCUUUGGCACUUUUUAUGGACGAAGUUCAAAAAUACGAGUGCCUUAGUUUACAACAAAUUUUUCCACAGAAUAUAGAGACGAGACAAGAAAAACAAUUGCUGAGAAGCAAUUGAGGAAAAACUCCACCUGAGUCCCGAUCAGGCAGAGAAGAACAGUGUGCGCGAGAUUUUUAAAGAAAUCAGUGCUGUCUUGUUUUGGAAGAAAGGCGGUACCAGUACGGUGUUGAAUUUGAAGAAUUGCGCGAAUGAUGUUGUCAGGCCUAGGUGCCCUCGAUACUUUCUCAGCGAUCGUAGUGAUUAUAUGGAAACCACUGAUCGAUCGUGAUUAGAAAAAAUGUCAAAUCAUGUGACCUCACCCAUUAAAUGUUCGGAAUUUUACCGCAUUGUGUUUUCACAAUUCCAUCGUGAAAUUUGACGUUUUCCCGGGCUCCCAUGAGAAAUAUUUUUUGGUAUUAUUACAGAUAACGAAUUCAACUGGAUAGCCCUUAAAAAUAUAAGAAAGAAUGUAAUAUCGUUUACCGUGUAAAUUAUCCUGGUACAAGGUUUUUAUUCACUGAAAAUUGAAAUUAUGCAAUUUCCUGAUGUCAUUUUUCUUUUCAGAAAUGGUUAAGCAGUUUCCAAGGAUUGUUCUCUAUUAAAUGUACCGCCUGCGGUACUCACUUGAAGGAGGAGGAAGAAAAUGUAUUAUUACCUCCAUGCUGGCGAACUUACGAAGAUCUUUCUCCGUAUCACUAUCAGUGUAGACCCUAA